AUGAGCAUAAGGAAAAUGAAAGCCAAAGUAAGUACAAAGUUUAACUUGAUUGUUAGUGUCACUCAAUGUAGAAAUGCCAGGAGACAUGCUUUGGAUGAGAUAGAGGGUUGUUUGAUAGAACAUUAUGGUAAAGUAUGGAGUUAUGGAGAAGAAAUAACGAGGACAAAUCCUGGAUCAACAGUAAAGAUAGAUGUGAAUGUUAUGCCUGAUUCCACCACUUACUUUUCUAAAAUUUAUGUUUGUUUUAAGGGUGUGAAGGAUGGUUGGAUUGCAGCAUGUAGGAGGGUAAUAGGGGUAGAUGGUUGUUUUUUAAAGGGUAUAUGUAGAGGCCAACUGUUAGCAACUAUAGGUAUGGAUGCAAACAACCACAUCUUCCCUAUUGCAUGGGCUGUGGUGGAAGUUGAAAAUAAGGAAACAUGGAAGUGGUUUCUUGACCUCCUUCUGGAUGACAUUGAAAUGAGAAUUGUUCAUGGAUUGACCCUCAUAUCAGACCAACACAAGAGGUUGUCAAAGAAAGGGUUCCAGCAGCACAACAUAGAUAAUGUGCUAAGCACAUCUAUGCUAACUUCAAGAAAAGAUUCAAAGGCAUUCUUUGAAGUGGACAGGGCUUGUGAUGCUUAUGAGAAUGGCAUCUCAGAAUGUUUCAACUCUAUUAUUGAUCUUGCUAGGAAGAGGCCACUCAUCACCAUGUUGGAAGAGAUAAGGAUUUAUGCAAUGGAGAGGAUGUAUAAAAUGUUGCUAGAGGGACAAAGUUGGGGGAAUUUAAAAAUAUAUCCAUCUAUAAGGUUGAAGAUAUCAAAGCUAAAGAAACACCAAAGAUUUUGGGGGGUUAUACAUUCUGGGAUACAACAAUAUGAGGUUAGGCUUGGAAAUGAUGGAUAUGCUGUGGACCUUAACAACAACACAUGUGGAUGUAGAUCUUGGCAAGUAUCAGGUAUCCCAUGUGUGCAUGGAGUGGCAUCCAUUUCAUACCUCAACAGGAAUGCAGAGGAUUAUGUUGCACCAUGGUUCCAUACAACCAUGUUCUUGACUUGUUACAACCAUACCAUUAAUCCACUUAAUGGUAGUUCCAUGUGGCCUGAAGUUACCUACAUGAAACCAUUGCCUCCCCAAAAAAGAAGAGAAACGAGCCACACUAGAUCAACAUGUCUUACAAGACCAAAAGAUGCAGCAUCCACUUCACUGCCAAAAAAGAAGAAAGCUAAUAAAUGUAAAAUAGAGAAAGGUAUUGUGGAACCAGUUCAAGAAGAUCCAAUUCAAGUGGAAGCUCAUGCACAACCAGAUGAUGAUGUCCAAGUAGAUGAUCCUGCUCCUCAUGUUGAUGUUCAUGUAUAUGAUCCUGUCAAUGAUGUCCCUGCUCAACAUGUUGAUGUUCAUGUAGAUGAUCCUGUUAAUGAUGUCCCUGCUCAACCUGUUGCAACUGGGAAGAGGACACGAAAAUACUCAGAAAGAAUUACCAAGAUUGGAUUGAGGAGUAAUGCUUUGAAGAAAGAAGGAAGCAUUGAUCACCACCCACUGGUGUUGGAAUGAAUUUAUGUUUUAAUAUUUUUGUAAAGAUAAACUUUUAGUAUUUUAAUUAUGUAAUUGGGAAUACUUUUAGUCAUG